AUGACCCAGGAAAAUGAGAAUACUUUAAGAAUGCUCGAGGAUUUACUAAAUGAACAAAUCGACAGAACAGAACAAAGCAUCCGAUCAAGAUGGUGCUCAGAUACACACGUUUCUGAAUCAGAUGGAAAGUAG